UUACAGACAGAGAGGGAUAAAAGUUUCAAGCGUGGAUCCAAAAACUUUUCCGUCCGUUGCAUAAGCGUUACGAACGCCCUGUAGAAGCCGCGCCGCAGACUAGAUUCCGAAUUAUGCAACGGUACGUAUAGCCACAGACCAGCAAUCCCCAUGGAGUGAAAGUGAUCUCCGAAUGAGUUGACUUAAUGUACCUGCCGGUCUGAUCGGAACACCGACAUGGUCCUCCAUGCCAGUAGGUGAACAUGGAAGGAAACGGGUUGUUCGUCGCCUGUGCGCUGAUUGCUUUCGCGAAUUGGGCUACGGGACGAAUUUUGGACCAACAACCCGAGUUCGUCAAGACGUGCAUGAUUACGAAACCCAAAGAGGAAUUCAUCAAUUGCUCAACCCACUCCGUACAAAUCCUCUUCAACGAAAUCCCCAAAGGAAAUAAGGAUAUAGGACUGCAAGUCCUCGACCCUCUGAAAGUUCCUUUCGUAAAGAUUUUACAAGGCGGCGGUGGUCCGGUGACAGUCAACGCCUCCUUGACCAACGUCACCGUGUUGGGAUUCGGCCACACUGAAAUUACGUUCAAUAGUGUCGACCCCGAGACGUACGAUUUCUACACAAAGCUCCAUCUACCGAGGCUAAGAAUAGACGGAAACUACGAUCUGUUGGGAAGGAUCCUCGUCAUCCCACUGAGAGGCAAAGGAGUGUGUUGGUUCGAUGCCAGCGAUCUGAACAUCGACGUAAAAAGUGACGUCAUAAUGCAAAAACAUCACGGUUUUUAUUUCUACAACGUGACGAAGGUCCAUGUUCAGUUUAGCAUCGGCGGACUGAAAUUGCACCUGGGAAACCUCUUCGAAGGCAGAAAACUAUUAGAGGAAUCUACCAACGCGUAUUUGAACGCCAACUGGCGGCCGGUCGCCGAAUCUCUCAAUCCGAUCCUAUCCAAAACCAUAGAGGACAUCAUGGUCGAGAUAUUGCAAAAGGUUUUCGACAACAUUCCCGCCAAUUUCUUCUUGAGCGACAUCGAAGAAAACAACGCGAAACGGUCGAUCAAAGUAAAAGAAAUUUAAAUGUGAUAUGUAAUUUUGGCAUCCGAGCAAAUUUAAUGAAAGAAAAACAGACGGGCGUUAGAUUUGAUGCUCUCGGUGCUAGAUGUAGUCGGUAGUGAUAUUCGUUAAGCAUUUCGCUCGUAGGUAAAAUGAUAACUCAAGCCACUGGUCGCAGGUUGGACGCCAACAGCUCCCCUCGAACAUAACCUAAAUAUUUGCUUCCAAAAUACUUUUCCCGAAAUAUUUAAAGUUCACGGCUAGCCAAAUCCGUUGGAAUUAUUUUAAAAACGUAUUAACCUACGUUUUAACGUUUUAGGGAAAGCUGCAUUGUCAGUAUUUAUAGAAGUUUUCAUUUUCGUGUUCAUGAUUCAUCGUACCUGUGUAAACACGUAGAAGUUUAGUGUUUUUUUUUAAGUUUGUAGGCUGUAUAGUUAUUUUCGACAAUAUUAAAUAAAAUACUGCGGAAUUG